GUUGGUUUGGGGUUGUUUACGACAGCUCAAAGCUCUCAUAUAUCACAAGCAGAAUGUUUGCUGUGAAGCUACAGUUUGCGUGCCAUCUGCCUUAGCAGAACUUGACCCUUCAAACAGACCUACAUUUUGUACACCACGCUUUUCUGUAACUCUCUUUAUCUUCUCUUUCCUAGUGGAUGAUCCAGAAACCACACAAGGUGGCUACCUUCUUCGGAUGCAUCGGUAAGGAUCACUUCGGUGAGAUCCUGAAGAAGAAGGCUGAAGAAGCCAACGUUGAUGCUCGUUACUACGAGCAGAACGAGGAGCCGACUGGUACCUGUGCAGCCUGCAUCACAGGAGACAAUAGGUCCCUUGUUGCUAACCUGGCAGCGGCAAACUGCUACAAAAAGGAAAAACACCUGGACUUGGACAGCAACUGGGAGCUGGUGGAGAAAGCCAAGGUCUAUUAUAUUGCGGGGUUUUUCCUGACUGUGUCUCCAGAGUCGAUCCUCAAAGUGGCGAAGCACGCUUCGGAAAAUAACAAGAUCUUCUGCAUGAACCUCUCGGCGCCGUUCAUCAGCCAGUUCUUUAAAGAGCCCCUGAUGAAGGUUAUGCCUUAUGUUGAUAUCCUGUUUGGAAACGAGACGGAGGCAGCCACAUUUGCCAAAGAGCUGGGCUUUGAGACAGAUGACAUUGCAGCGAUCGCAAACAAGACCCAAAACCUCCCCAAGGAGAACGUAAAGAGGCAGCGAGUGGUGGUCUUCACUCAGGGCAAGGAUGACACCAUUGCAACUGUUGGAGACAAAGUGACCAUGUUUCCUGUUGUAGACAUCGACCAGAAUACAAUUGUGGACACCAAUGGAGCAGGAGAUGCUUUUGUGGGAGGAUUCCUCUCUGCAUUGGUCCGAGAGCAAAGUUUGGAGGAGUGCAUCCGGGCCGGACACUAUGCAGCCAAUGUCAUCAUCCAGCGGGUCGGCUGCACCUUCCCAGAGAAACCGAACUUUCACUGAUGAAUCCAAACUCUGAACAUUUGUCUUUUCUGCAAGAUACCUUCUGUACUUGUAUGCUUCAGGGUUUUUAUAUACAUUUCUUAUUUACAAUGACUGACAUUGUGGGACUAAUUCUUUUUUUUUCUUUGCUGCUUUUACCAAGCUUUAAUAAGCAGCAGAAGUAUUAUAAUAUAAUUCAAACAACAUAGUACCAUCAUACUAAGGAAUAUAUUUAUGUUUUAUGCAGCACUCCUCCUGAAGUUGUUUUAUUGAAUUGAGAACUGAAUUUCUUCAGGCCUAAAAAGGUGGUAAACAGCUAGAUACUAAUCAGUUAUGUGUGUCAGCACCACCUCAUCACUCCUCUAAGUAAUUCAGACAUCACAAAUGUCAUAAUGUAUUUAUUAUUUGUACGCUAAAGAAACCCUGUCAGUGUUUUAUCCUUUAGGAGCAGCAUUAACUAGCAACUUCAUAUUGUAAUGAUAAUACAUUUGGUUUUUGCUCCUUUAUGUAAAUAAUACAGUCAAGUUUUGCCUCAAAAAUGUUAAUCAACAUCUUUUAAAACACCACAAACCUCCUCAAAAAUGUCCUCAGUUGUUACUCUAGCUAUUUUUAGCAUUAAAUGCCUCAUCUGCUAUUUGGGUUUUUGAGCCAUGAGGUGGCAAUGAUGAUGCAGGCGUGGUGUAUUCAGCGGUUUUAAGGUGUGAUUGCAACACAGUAAAGUAUAAACUUUUAUCUAUUUCUUGCA